CUACAGUAUUUCCAUUCCAAUCAACCAGUGCCACCUUUAUUGACAAAUUAACAUAGAAAUUUUAACUAGCUUCCCUAUUUGAUUUAUACCAAUAAAUAAAUUGGAGACAUAUACAUUACCAUAUAAGAGGCGCCAUAAAAUCGAAUCUAAACAUCUUUUAUUGAUAAUACCCGAAAAGGCUUUCGCCCUGUUUUAUAUAUAAAGCAACGAUCAUCAACAACCUGAUACAGACACACGCACACACCCAAAGCAGGAUACAUCGCAACAACACCACCCCUACCACUACAGGAGCUACCAGGGUCCUCAACCGUGAACACGCCACCGCGAAGAGACAAAGCCGCAUAUGAUGAACCGUGAGCUCCAAAGUGGCGUCUUCGGGAAGGUUAUGACACCGGAGCGCCGGCACCGCACGAUCCAAGGAUCAAGGUUUCCCCUAGAGCAACACGGCGGGCGAUGAGAGCCGCGACGAUGCCUUCAAGAAGGGGACGAACUUCGCCGCCGCCGUCUGCCCAACGACAGAACAAGUUUUCACCCUGGCCAACAAUCAUCACCAUCGGCAUAUGGUACGAGCGCCGCACCACCGUCACCGAAUGCCACACCCCGGCCACCACGCCACCCACACGACCAUGGCCAUCGGGCAGCCCCUGAGCCACGGGCUCACCCAAGAGCACCAUGCUCCCCACCAGGGCCGCCGCCCCAGCCUCCAAGACCCCAAUGCCACCUCACCCGAGCCACGCCGCUUCACAUACCAAAGAGACGAGCGGAAAUGCACCUCAUUUCCCACCCCCGAGCGUCCCCAACGCCGAGACCCACCUAGGCCGGCCAGAUCUAGGUGAGCGUUGACUGCCACCAUGAUCAAUGGCCUUGCAGGUGGUCUCUCCAGAUGUCAUUCCUGGCAUCAGUUCAACCUCCGAUGUGGCUGCCAACCGGGUCCAGUCCCCAAAAACAUUCUGCAUGGUAAUAGGUAAAUGCUAUUAUAGAGUAGAUUGUACACCUUAAAAAAAUCAAUUAUAAAUGUUUAAAAAAAACAUAGAAAAAAGUGUGAGUGUUCAUAUGGAAUGUGUCUACAACCUCCAAAAAUUUCAUGUGCAAAUUCGAAAGGCAUAUAGACUUGUCUUUUUGUUUCUAAAUCUCCUUUCGAAUACUGACCUGAAAUUUUUGGUGGCUGUAGACACAUCCCUUGUGAAAAUUCACAUUUUUUAUAGAAUUUAUUAAAACAUUUAAAAAUUGAUUAUUUGAAACAGCAGCAUAAUACCAUUUAAAGUUGUGGUAGCACUAGAUAUUCUUUCAGUAGAGUAUUGGUGUGCAUCGUUCGAAGUGUGCACUGCACGCUUAGAUCCAUCGGGGGCGGGGCUCGAUCGAUGUGAAAAGAUGCAUGAUUCCGGGCAAACGGCAUGCCUAGCCACUUGGCUCAAUCUCGGAUGAUGCGAAAAGAUGCUCAGUGCCUAAGUCGUACUUGUGCAUGGCAAGUGAGCACAUGCCGUGACUCCUCUAAAUCGCAGCACCCGCCCAUCAAUUCUGUAUAAAUAAACGUACCGUACCAGCCCAGCAGCAAAUGGUAGCAGCAUUAGUUAGCGACAUGGGCGACGAGGAGGCGUGCAUGUUCGCGCUGCAGCUAGCCAACUCGACGGUGCUACCGAUGACGCUGAGGACGGCCAUCGAGCUGGGCCUUCUGGAGGCCCUUGUGGGCGCCGCCGGCAAGUCGCUGACUCCGGAGGAGGUCCUAGCGAAGCUGCCGUGCAAGGCCAACAACCCGGACGCGCCGUCCAUGGUGGAUCGCAUGCUGCGUGUGCUUGCGUCGUACAAGGUCGUGUCGUGCACGGUGGAGGAGGGCGAGGACGGCAGCCUCUCGCGCCGCUACGCCGCGGAACCGGUGUGCAGGUGGCUCGCCCCGAACGAGGAUGGCGUCUCCAUGGCCCCCUUCGCUCUCCUCGCCCAGGACCACGUCUACCUGGAGCCCUGGCGCCACCUCAAGGACGCGGUCCUCGACGGCGACGGCGGCGGCGGCACUGCGUUCCACAGGGCGUAUGGGACGUCGUGGUACGAGUACACCGGGAGGGACGCGCGCUUCAAAGGCCUCUUCUACGAGGCCAUGAAGCACCACUCCGCCAUCAUCACCAAGAAGCUCCUCGAGGUGUACAGGGACUUCGACGGCAUCGGCACCCUCGUCGACGUGGCCGGCGGAUUCGGCGCCGUCAGCCACGCCAUCACCUCCAUGUACCCGAGCAUCAAGGGUGUCAACUUUGACCUUCCCCACGUCAUCGCCGCCGCCCCUCCUUACCCCAGGGUCGAGCACGUGGGCGGCAACAUGUUGGAGAAGGUGCCCUCCGGCGACGCCAUCCUCAUGAUGUGGAUCCUCGACUGCUUCAGCGACCACGAGUGCGCCACGGUGCUCAAGAACUGCCACGACGCGCUGCCAGCACACGGCAAGGUCAUCAGCGUGGAAUGCAUCUUGCCGGUGAACCCAGAGGCGACCAACAGCGCGCAGGCGUUGCUCGCCGUCGACAUGAGCCUGGUCGCGUACAGUCCGGGCGGCAAGGAGAGGUAUCUCAGGGACUUCGAGAAGCUCGGCAAGGGCGCUGGGUUUGCCGCCGUCGAGGCCACCUACGUCUACGCCGACUUCUGGGCCAUCCAAUACACAAAGUAACUCGCAAGAUCGUCUACCUUAUCUUGCUACUUCCGUUUUCUAAUCUUCAUAAAUAAGUAGACACGCAGCGUGAGUCUAUUCACGACGUGGCAGCAGACUUAGAUUACGUUUGGGAAGUGCUCCAAACUCAUUUCAGUGAUCUUUUACUACGCCCCACAAAAACCAUUGAAUUUUUCUGCUUGGAAUGGGCUGUUUGGAUGCCAUGUAGAUUUUACAGUUUAUCAUAUACAUGUUGAUUCCAUGGCGA